CUGAUUUUUCUAUCUAAGCGCCGUCCAUUUGUUACCUGGAUAUAUAUAUCCCAUGAUUUGUUAACAGGUCUAUGUCGAAAAUUGUGAUCAGUGAAAAUAUAUUAAUUUAUUAAUUUACCGUUUGUAAUCAUCCGUUGUACCCAGUACGAAUGAUCGAUUGUAUUCGUAAUAAACGGUGAAAAUUGAUGAACGUCGUCCGACAUAAACGUAAAUAUUGUUCGACAUCAACGUAGUACUUCGAUUACGAUUCAACCGGCAGAAUGGAAUACGAUAUCGGAACUGAAAUUUUGAUUCAUUCGCCUGCCAACAUAUGGACACCGGCGACUGUUGAAGAAGAUGAUGGUGAUGAAAUAUUUAUUUCUUAUAAAGAGGGUAAUGGUGCUAAUGAAUGGAUUAAUAAAGACAGUCAUCGUAUUAAAUCUAUAGAUGCAGAAUGGGCAGCUAAUUCAGUAACAAAGUCCAAUCAUGUAGAAAGUAUUGUUUCUGACAUUAAAUCAAUGAGUCCUAAUGUUGUACCUUCUGAUAAAGAAAUAACAAAAAAAUCUACAGCUGCGCGAUCUUCAGGUGUAUUUAAAGUAAAGUUUAAAAAAGAUGAUUUUUUAUCAAAGAAGACACAAGAUUCAAAGCUUAAAGAACAAAAAACAAUAAAGGAUGGCAAGAAGUUAUCUGACCGUGACUCAAAACAACUUUUGUUAAAUAACACUGCGAAUAAUGAAAAGUUUUCUACAAGCACUUCAUCAAAAUAUUCACACAUAAUAGAAAGUUCAGAAAUGGAAUGUAGAACAAAUAUGGAGAGCUCAAGUUUUUCGAUAGAAGGAAAACUUUUGAAUGAAACCAAUUUAUCGAGAUCAGAAAAUUUUGAAGAAUUAUUGGAGGAUAUUGAAGCAGAAGCAGAGAUUUGUUCACCCACAAAAUCUGUUUCGUCUAAUGAUAUGAAACAAAAAAAAAAAAGAAAAAAAUAUUUUGGUGUACGAAGGCGUCCUGAAAAAAAAAGAUCUUCAAAAAAAUGUGAUAGCAAAAAAAAGUUAUUAGUUGUUAAAUUAAAUUCAGUUAAUUUAAAAAGAAAACAUAGUCCAGUAACAGACAAAUUGGUUUAUUCAGAUGAUGCAGCUACACCAACUCCUGCAAAAAAAUUAAAACCAUCUUUUCCUAUUUAUAAUACAACAGACAAUUCAUUCAAUCAGAACUCUCCUUCUUUCCAUCAGCUAGCUAACAAUUCUUUAAUACAAAAAAUCAGAAUGGAUGCUUCCAAUGAACAAGGUUUUAGAUGUCCAAAACAAGAAUGCCGAAAACUGUUUCGUAAAGAAAAUCUAUUAAUGAUGCAUAUUAAACACUAUCAUUCCGAGUAUACUGAAUUACUCGUCUCCACACCAAAUGUAACAGACCUUGCUACAGCAAGAAUUGAGGGUGAAAAUGCUGAUGAACUAUCUCCAUCAUAUUAUCUUCAUCGAAUAUCUCAACUGGAAGCUAAAAGAAGUUGGGGAAAUACACCUUAUGACUCACCAUCUCCGAGUACAAUUUCUUCUUCUUUAAAAUUGACUGAACAAGAACCCGAAAGUAAUACUUCUUACCAAUCUGAGAGUUAUAAUACUUCUAUCUUAUCCAAUGACAAACCUAACAGUAUAUCAAUAUAUGAUUCAAAAGAUUCUGGUUUUGACGGUAUUGUAGAAUCAAUGACCUCAGUAACAGAGUCUUCAUUGAAAGAAUAUAAGAUAAAAGAAGCCAUAAAAAAUAUAACAUUAGUUGAUGAUUUUGAAAAUGAAACAAGAGAUAGUUAUGAUAUAACAAGUGUAGCCGGCUCAGACCGUCAUUUUAAAAUUAAAAAAAAAAAAACUGAUAUUGAAUCUCUUCCCAAAGAAGAAGUAAUCAAUUGUUCAUGUGCUUCAAAUCAAGAAGAUGGGUUAAUGAUACAAUGUGACGUUUGUCUAUGCUGGCAACAUGGUCUAUGUAAUAAAAUUGCUUCUGAAGAUCAAGUACCGGACAAUUAUGUUUGUACUAGUUGUUUAAAUCCUUCAAAAAAAAGACAAUCAAAACAAUAUGAUUAUUUACAAGAUUGGAUCAAAGAAGGAAAAAUAGCCAGUGUUCUUCAGCAUAAAGAUGAACGACGAAGAAAAGAUGAAAAUAUUCUCAAACAAUCUCAUCAACUUGUUGCUGAAGUGAUUGAACAUAGCAAUUUUUUACAUAGCUUAUUAGUCAAAACUGCAAUUUAUGGGCAAACACCUGAGCAUCCAAAGCUUUAUUUAUGGUCUGAACAAGGUUCAAAAAUAAAUGAAGAACCUCCCCAAGACAAGCUUGAAGAAUUAUUAUCUGGUCCAGUACCUGAGAAACCUAUUAAUACAGCCGACUGUAGAAAAAACUUACUUGAGGAAAUUGAAGAUGGCUUUGAUAAUUUAGAAGCCAGAAUAAAUUUAUUUGAAGCCAAAACUAAUGGACUUGAAGAUCAAGUGAACGGUAUUGUAGACAAUGAAGUUUUGUCCAAUACUAUUACAAUGUUGUUACGCGAUUUAAACUCAAUCAGACAUUAUAUGUCAAUCGAAAAUCAAAACAAAGAACCAGACAGUGCUUAAAAAUAUAUUAUUUAUUUUGAUAAUAUUGGUUCAUUGAUUUAAGGAUAGAUAUUUUAAAGAUAUAAAAGA